CACGUUUAAAGACCUCUUCAGAAUUCAGCUUCCCUUCCCCUAAAAAAUGAUCUUGCCGUAUGUGAAAGGUUGGAUGUUUCAUCUUUAGAAAGCUCUGAACGUUCAAGUUCAUUUGUGAAUACCUCACAGACCGAUGAAAGUAUUGAUAUAUCAGAAGCCAAAGUUGUGGCAUCAGAAACCUGUGAUCUGAAAAUGAAAUUGUUGAUUACAAGGAAGCCUUCUAAUUCUGGGAGUUUACCAAGCACACCAAAAGGUACAGGAAAUAUGCAGAGCGCUUCACCGUAUGGUCUACGCCACACCGUGGACAGGAGGCAACGAGAAGCUGCGGCACGACUUGGCACUCCACAAAUUCCAUCUAAGUUCUCCACUCCAAAAAGCCAGAAGAAAACCAUCCCUACCCCAACUUACGAAGUUCAGCUUGAAAUGAGAGAGUCAGGUUUGCCAAAGCUUCGAUUUAAGAGGACAGAUUCCAGCUCUACUGUCGAUAUGACAAGUGGGGUUAGGGUUGAAGACUCUCCAACUGUGUAUUGCACUAGGAAAGCAGAAGAUGGUCUUUUUGGGUGAGACAUGGUGUAGUAAGCAUAUAAAGUUGGAAUCUGGUUGUGCUUCUCCUCGCCUGAGGUCCUCCUACAAUACCCCUGGGAAGAGUAGUCUGCAGACUUUAAUAUGCCAGUCUUAUACACCAAAAAGGUGUGCUUCUAAUACUGCUUCUCCAACACAAGCCGAUGCUGCCAGCCCUUGGACGCCAUCCCCAAAAUACAAAGAAAAAAAUGGCAAUGAUAUUAAUAACUGGCCACGGAAAAAGAAAGCAUCUGCAGUGAAAGGUGCUAAUGUGCCAAAGGGUGACCAUAUAAGUAGCACACCGUCAGCAGAAGAAGGAAGUCUAGAACAAGAUGCCAAUAAGAUUUCUCCUUUAAAUGACUUUGUGUUUGAUGGGGUCUCCAAACUUCAGGAGCAUUCUCCGGUCAUUGACUGGAAAGGUAAAAGUGAAAUUGGAGCAAUGACUGUUAAAUCUAGAAAACGAUGCUUUGACCUCUUCUCUCCCUCAAAAGAAACCCAGUCUAGUAGUAAACGAUCUUGUAUAUCGAGUGGUGCUGUUGAAGAUCUGGAAGAAUGUGUUUCUUCAAGUCAGAGUCGAUCCUCAAACUUGAGUUCAUCACAGCAAAGUUCUUGUGAAGAUGAGGUCUUUAACGUUGCUGUUAUCACACCACCAACAAAGGUACCAAAAAAUUCCUUAUCUGCAAGUGGCCUGUUCUCACUUACUCAGUCACCAAUGCUGUUUAAAAGAACGCCAUCUUCCAAGAGAAAGUUGCGAGAUUGUGAGUCCCAGCAAAGUACACCAGAGCAGAAAAGACCAGCACUUCAGUCCGGUAACCCUGAUGACUCCCCUUUCAGCAGUGCUCCCUCAAAGCGUACCAUCAGCAGAACAUAUACACGCAAAAAGCUCAUCACAUGA